GCGUCUUCAAGGCGAGCACCGUGCGAGGCGCUGGCGCAACCAGAGCACUCAUGGGUGCGGCCUGUUCACGAGAGCCUGGUGCCAGCGGCGCCACCGUGAACCCGACCGUCGCUGCUACGUAUGAGAAGGACGCUCCCUCGCUCAAGAAGGUCGACGAGACCACGCCUGCCACCGACGAGGCUGCGGGCGACGAGGUCGCCAAGACGGAGGCCGUCGAGGCCUUCUCAGAGUGGGUCAAGACCAUCACGCCUCGCCGCACGGACGACAUCGCCGCGGAGAACGUUCACGGCCACGACGCCACCGAUGCCGAGCCUGCAGCGGAGGCGCCUCUGGUGGAGGAGGAGGUGGAGGCGGAGAUUACCGCGGCGGAGGCGGAGGAGCCGGCCGCAGAGAGAGAGCCUGUGGCAGAGGAAGAGUAUGCGGCGGAAGAGGAGCCUGUGGCACCGAUGGAAGAGCCCGCUGAGUCGCCAGAGGGCGCCGUCGACACCGCAGUCGAGCACAAGACAGGCGGCGACGGCGACGGCGUGGCGGCGGCGGAGGCGCCAGAGGAGGCACUUGCCGAGGGCGGCUACGCUUCGCCGCGCAAGGCGGCAGGCGAGGAGGCGGAGGUGGCGCAGCAAGUCGAGGCGCAACAGGAGUCGAACGAGACGAGCGUCGAGGAGGAGGCGCCCGCCGCUGACAUGAUUGAGACCGAGCAGGACUGCCCGCGCGAACGAUGCGCUGCCGGGGAGGUGGCGGCGACGGCGUCGGCUGGCCCAAACACCUGGGAUGAGGCCGUCGAGGUCGAGUCCCCCCGCGAUGAGGAUCUCGCUGCCAUCAUCGCUCAAGCCGAGCAGGAGGCGACGGCGAUGGUCUCCCCUCGCCAGGAGGUGGUUGCCGAGGAGACUGUUGCGGCGGAUGCGGCGGCCGAGAAGGCGGUGACCGAGGAGACGGCGAAGGCGGAGAUGGAGGAGGUGCCGGGGGGCGCGGCCGACACCGCCAUCGACUCGCUCGAGGAGAAGGCCGGCGAGGAUGUCGACUGCGACGGCGAGGGCCCGCCGGCGGCGGAGGAGUGGUCGGCGGAGGGCGCUGGCGAGGCGGCGGCGGCGGAGGAAGAGGAGGAGACGGCGGCGGAGUCGGCGAUGACGGAGGAGGAGGCGCCGGCGGUGCCGGAGAAGAAGACGUCAUACCUGGGCAGGGUGGCGGCCAUCCUCUCGCCGCGCAAGAAGGCGGCCUCCGCUUCAUUCGCCGACGCGCCUGUGGCCUACGACGACGCGGCCGAGCCGGCGGAGGCGGAGGCGGAGCCGGUGGCAGAGACGGCCGAGCCGGUGGCAGCGGAGGUCGAGACGGUGGCAGAGGAGGCCGAGCCAGUGGCAGAGACGGCCGAGACGGUGGCAGAGAAGGCGGAGACGGUGGCAGAGACGGCCGAGCCGGUGGCAGAGGAGGCCGAGACGGUGGCAGAGGAGGCCGAGACGGUGCCGGGACAGGCGGAGGAGGGGGAGGAGACUGUCGACGAGGCGGAUGAUGCAGAGGUCCCCGCGGAGGCGGAGGCGGUGGAGUCGAUGGGAGCUGCGGUUGUGGAGGACGCGGCGGAGGGCGCUAUGGAGGCGGUGGCGUCGGUGGCGUACGUCAUUGAGCCCAAGGGCACCGAGGAGACGGCGGCGCCUCGCCUGCCACAACCGCCGGCCUUCUCCUCGAGCGAGUCGAUGGCGCCGCCGGGGGCUGCGGCAGACGAGGCUCCCAAGGAGGCGGAAGAGGAGACGCGGGCAUCGGUGUUUGAGGCGGAGGAGGUCGAGGCGGCGAAGCGCAAAUCGUCGCUGGACCGCGAGCUCGCCACGCUCGCCGCCGACGCAAAGGUGUACGCGGACGCCGCCUGGCAGCGCGCCUCUAUGCGCUCGUCUCGCCGCUCCUCCGCCCGCCACUCGGCCCGCCACUCCGCCCGCCACUCCGCCCGCCACUCCGCCUGCUACACCGACGAGACGAGCGAGGCAUCCGAGGAUGAGGCGAGCGUGGAGCCCCUCCCGCAGCCCCUGAGCAAGAUCCCAAGCGGCGUGGAGGCGGUGGCGGAGGAGGAGGGAGCCGUGGCUCAGGGCGCAGAAGUGCUGCCCGAAGGGGGAGCUGUCAACGAGGGAGAGCCCUCCUUGAUCCGUCGCUUCACGAGCUGGCUCUCGCCCGGCCUCCGCUGCGUCCCGAGCCAGGACACGCCCCGCCCCGCCCCGCCGACCAUUCCACGCCUGAGCCUCGCCUAG